AUGCUGCACACCCCAUCACUUGUUAAAAUCGUCAAUAACUCGCUUCCAUACAAGUCGCUGAAGGAGUCAUUCUUGCCGGUUAACAAUAAUGCCGAGUACAUGAGCUUCAAGAAUGUUGUCACUGCAACAAUCAUGGACGAAAAUGAACCGAUUGCAUUUGGUUCAAUCAUCAAGUGUAAUGAGAAACAGGCGUAUGUAAUGCUUGGAGAAGUUGCGGAGAGAUUCCAAAACAAAUCCGUUUGGAUCGAAAGUGUCGAAAGUGAAAACAAAACGGAAUUGGUUUACAAGAUAACAAAGUGCGUCGAUUUGCUUGACUACUCGGGCAGAACACUAUUCGAACAAAUUUUCGAAAACCGCGACGAAAAAACAGUUCAUCUUCAUUUGUUGGAUAAACUAAUUGACACCGCCGUUGGGACCGAGAAAUUGGAUAACGUGAAAAACAUCACCGUUGAUUUUGAAAGGGGAUCAAAUUGUUCAUCCUGGAGAGACGUUGUUGGUUUUGUUGUCAGUGACAAGUACUUGUUCUCGAACGUUACUCUUAAUAGAUUUGAGUUACUCGCUCUUCAAAACGAACAGUCUGAGAUUGUAAUCCAGAAUGUUUCAAAAGAAAAACUUCAUGACAUCUUCGAUUAUGAUUCAACUGUUUCGCUAUUUGACCGAGAGGGAUACUUGGAAAAUUUGCUGAAUACUUCCGGAGUAUUUGUAAAAAUUGCGAAGUCAAAUGAGAUUGUUUCGGGAAUGGUUGUUUUCACAAAAAAUAGCAUUCUGAUGUGUUACGGAGAUAACGACGAAGUUCAAAAAGCUCUUCUUGCUGCAUCUGGCUCUGAAAUGCAAUCGGGAAAGGUGUCAAUGUUCAUAAGAAACGAUUCCAACAAUCUUGCUAAUGAAUUGUUGGAGAGAGCUCUGGAAACUGUUCCAAUUACUCGGUUGAAUACAAGAAUUGUCGUCAACACUAUCAAAUGGAACAAAAUCGCUUGUUUGAACAUGGGCCUUCAUUUGUAUUGA